UCCAGGGGGCGGGCGUUGGGCUGCGCCCCCGAGGCGGCGGGUGCGUCCCUGGGGCGGCGGCGGGCGGGGUCGGUGUCGGUGCCAUGGCGGAGAGUGACUGGGACACCGUCACUGUGCUGCGCAAGAAGGGCCCGAGCGCGGCCCAGGCCAAGUCCAAGCAGGCGAUCUUGGCGGCGCAGCGGCGCGGAGAGGACGUGGAGACCUCCAAGAAGUGGGCAGCAGGCCAAAACAAACAACACUUUAUUACAAAGAACACGGCCAAGCUCGACCGAGAAACAGAAGAGCUGCACCAUGACAGAGUUCCCCUGGAGGUGGGCAAAGUGAUCCAGCAGGGCCGACAGAGCAAGGGCAUGACACAGAAGGACUUGGCCACCAAAAUCAAUGAAAAACCACAGGUUAUUGCUGACUACGAAUCAGGAAGAGCAAUCCCCAAUAACCAGGUUAUGGGCAAGAUUGAAAGAGCCAUUGGCCUUAAACUGCGUGGGAAGGAUAUUGGAAAACCGCUGGAAACUGGCCCCAAAGGGAAAUGACAACAAAGCCUCGAAAUCAGUUUGUUCAGACUGAUCUUGUCUGGCUGGUUCUCCUUAGCCACCAGAAUCUCUCUUCGUUUUGCCAAGCUGGACAAGAGGGUUUCAGACUUGCUUUGGGGGGAAAUCUGCCGAAUCUGUACCUGCUGUAAAAAGGCGCGAUUUUCCUGAUUUUGUUUUUCCUUCCUCCUUUCCAGAGAUUGAGGAACUAAACCAAAAAAAAAUACUGCAUCUGAUUUGCCAGAAAACUUGUGCGUCUUGGUGUUUAGAAGCAGCUAAUGUUAAGACACUUGGGAUGGUCUGAAAUGUGAUCCUUUAAUUGGAACAAUUUGGGGAAUGGGUGGGAUAUAUUAUAUAUAAAUAAUUAGGGAGAGUUGGGGGUUGAUCAGUGUCUGCAUUUGAAAUGACUCAGUCACUGCAUCACAAUGGCAAAAAUAUUUGUUCCUUCCAGCCUGUUUUAAAGAGAUCUAUAAUAAAGUUUGAUACCCUUCAGUUGCA